CUCCUAUGGAAGGCGACCUUAGUGUAUCCGCUGAUGAUCCGUAUUGGUCUCCUGAGACGCGUAGAAGGAUGCGCCAUUGACGGGACAAGCGGGCAUCGUUCCUGAGCUCCGAAUUGUGAUAACCACCCAGCGGAUCAAUGGAUGAUGGCAUGAUCAGUAAUAGUCUUCCUGUUAGGAGGGUACUCCAUGCGGAACCUCAUUGUCUCAACGUCAUUUCAAUUUGCUGAGUUCCUUCUCACAUUCCUCCACGCCGCACCUGCAGCUUUUGGCACCCCAGCCGGUCUCGGUAUUACCUCUAUUCAGCGCGGUUUCUAUAUCAGGAGUUCAAACGCUGUUGUUCCCGUGGCUGGCGAUGGCACAACCACUCCAUUCUUGGGGUUGAUGAUCGGGCAACUUGUUUCAACGCUUUUCACCCAUACCGACACACUCGACUCUUCAAGGUUUCCGAGUUUGUAUAUGUAUUAUUGGAGAAAAUUUAUCUUAACAUUUUGACUGCGCCAGCCGGAUGGGCAUCUAUAUUGUUACUUAUCGUGCGCAGAGGACCGCUUUUUCGCCCAACGAUGACUCUGU